GGGCGGAGCGCGCGGGGCGGUGGCAGCCGCGGCGCUGGGCCGGGAGGAGGCCGGCGAGGGUGCGGAGCGGCCCCGGCCGGGCCCGCGGGGGGAGAUGGCGUCCUACGUGGAUAACAGCUUCCGCCAGGCGGUGAUGAAGAACCCCGCCGAGAGGACCCCCCAGGAUCUGGAGAUCGUGUAUUCCUAUUUACACGGUAUGGAAGCCUUAUCAAACCUGAGGGAGCAUCAGCUGAGGUUAAUGUGUGAAACUGUAAGAUAUGAACGACAUGAAGCCAAUGAAGUUCUGUACUAUCCUGAUGAUAUUGGGACCUGCUGGUAUAUCCUGCUCUCUGGCUCCGUGUUCAUCAAGGAAUCCAUGUUUCUUCCGAGAAGCAGUUUUGGCAAGCGUUCUGCAGGAAGCUUUAGGCGCGGCUGUGAAUGCAUUGUUUUAGAACCCUCUGAAAUGAUUGUGGUGGACUAUAUGGAUGAAAAUGAAGAAUAUUUUCAGCGCCAAGCUUCUCAUCGGCAGUCUCGAAGGAGAUUCCGGAAAAUCAACCAGAAAGGUGAAAGACAAACCAUCAUUGACACUGUGGACCCUUACCCUGUUGGCAAACCACCUUUGCCUCGAGGCUAUCAUACGGAAUGCACUAAAUCUCAGCUUCCUGCAGAUUUCACCAAACUGCACCUUACUGAUAGUCUCCACCCACAGGUGACACACGUUUCUUCCAGCCACUCAGGAUGUAGCAUCACCAGUGACUCUGGGAGCAGCAGUCUUUCGGACAUCUACCAGGCCACAGAAAGUGAGGCUGGUGAUAUGGACUUGAGUGGUCUGCCAGAAACAGCCGUGGAUUCUGAGGAUGACGAUGAUGAAGAAGACAUUGAGAGGGCAUCGGACCCUCUGAUGAGCAGAGACAUUGUGAGAGAUUGCUUGGAAAAGGACCCGAUUGACAGGACGGAUGAUGACAUAGAACAACUCUUGGAGUUCAUGCACCAGUUGCCUGCUUUUGCCAAUAUGACAAUGUCGGUGAGACGGGAACUCUGUGCCGUGAUGGUGUUUGCUGUGGUAGAGAGAGCCGGCACCAUAGUGUUGAAUGAUGGUGAAGAGCUGGAUUCCUGGUCAGUGAUUCUGAAUGGUUCGGUGGAAGUGACUUAUCCAGAUGGAAAAGCAGAAAUAUUAUGUAUGGGAAAUAGUUUUGGUGUCUCUCCUACCAUGGACAAAGAGUACAUGAAAGGAGUAAUGAGAACCAAGGUGGAUGAUUGCCAGUUUGUCUGCAUAGCCCAGCAAGAUUACUGCCGUAUUCUCAAUCAAGUAGAAAAGAACAUGCAAAAGGUUGAAGAAGAAGGAGAAAUUGUUAUGGUGAAAGAACAUCGGGAACUUGAUAGAACUGGAACAAGAAAGGGACAUAUUGUCAUUAAGGGCACCUCAGAGAGAUUAACAAUGCAUUUGGUGGAGGAGCAUUCAGUGGUGGAUCCAACCUUCAUAGAAGACUUCCUUUUGACUUACCGAACUUUUCUUUCCAGCCCGAUGGAAGUGGGCAAAAAGUUAUUGGAGUGGUUUAAUGACCCGAGCCUCAGGGAUAAGGUUACACGGGUAGUACUAUUGUGGGUGAAUAAUCACUUCAAUGACUUCGAGGGAGAUCCUGCAAUGACUCGUUUUCUAGAAGAAUUUGAAAAUAAUCUGGAAAGAGAGAAAAUGGGUGGACAUCUAAGACUAUUGAAUAUUGCAUGUGCAGCUAAAGCAAAAAGAAGAUUGAUGACAUUAACAAAACCAUCUCGAGAAGCUCCUUUGCCUUUUAUCUUACUUGGAGGCUCAGAGAAGGGAUUUGGAAUCUUUGUUGACAGCGUCGAUUCAGGUAGCAAAGCAACAGAAGCAGGAUUGAAACGCGGGGAUCAGAUACUAGAAGUCAAUGGUCAAAACUUUGAAAAUAUCCAGCUGUCUAAAGCCAUGGAAAUCCUUAGAAAUAACACACACUUAUCUAUCACUGUGAAAACCAAUUUAUUUGUAUUUAAAGAACUUCUAACAAGAUUGUCUGAAGAGAAAAGAAACGGUGCGCCUCACCUUCCUAAAAUUGGAGACAUCAAAAAGGCCAGUCGCUACUCUAUUCCAGAUCUCGCUGUGGAUGUCGAACAGGUGAUAGGACUUGAGAAAGUAAAUAAAAAAAGCAAAGCCAACACUGUUGGAGGAAGGAACAAGUUAAAAAAGAUCCUUGACAAGACUCGGAUCAGUAUCUUGCCCCAGAAACCAUAUAAUGAUAUUGGGAUUGGUCAGUCUCAAGAUGACAGCAUAGUAGGCUUAAGGCAGACAAAGCACAUCCCUACUGCACUGCCUGUCAGUGGAACCUUAUCAUCCAGUAAUCCUGAUUUAUUGCAGUCCCAUCAUCGUAUUUUGGACUUCAGUACUACUCCUGAUUUGCCCGACCAGGUAUUAAGGGUUUUUAAGGCUGAUCAACAAAGUCGAUAUAUCAUGAUAAGUAAGGACACCACAGCAAAAGAAGUGGUUGUUCAGGCCAUCCGGGAGUUCGCUGUGACCGCCACCCCUGAUCAAUAUUCACUCUGUGAAGUUUCCGUCACACCUGAGGGAGUAAUCAAGCAAAGAAGACUUCCAGAUCAGCUCUCCAAACUUGCUGAUAGAAUCCAACUGAGUGGAAGGUACUAUCUGAAGAACAACAUGGAGACCGAAACCCUGUGCUCGGAUGAAGACGCGCAGGAGCUGCUGAGGGAGAGUCAGAUUUCCCUCCUGCAGCUCAGCACCGUGGAGGUGGCCACUCAGCUCUCGAUGCGGAAUUUCGAACUCUUCCGCAACAUCGAGCCCACAGAGUACAUAGAUGAUUUGUUUAAGCUCAAAUCGAAAACCAGCUGUGCCAACCUGAAGAAAUUUGAGGAAGUCAUUAACCAGGAAACGUUCUGGGUAGCUUCGGAAAUUCUAAGGGAGACAAACCAGCUGAAGAGGAUGAAGAUCAUUAAGCAUUUCAUCAAGAUCGCACUACACUGUCGGGAGUGCAAGAAUUUUAACUCGAUGUUUGCGAUCAUAAGUGGCCUAAACCUGGCUCCAGUAGCGAGACUACGAACCACUUGGGAAAAACUUCCCAAUAAAUAUGAAAAGCUCUUUCAAGAUCUCCAAGACUUGUUUGAUCCUUCCAGAAACAUGGCAAAAUAUCGCAAUGUCCUUAAUAGUCAAAACCUGCAACCUCCCAUUAUCCCACUAUUCCCUGUGAUCAAAAAAGAUCUCACAUUCCUCCAUGAAGGAAAUGACUCCAAAGUAGAGGGACUGGUCAAUUUUGAGAAACUAAGGAUGAUCGCUAAAGAAAUUCGUCAUGUUGGCCGCAUGGCGUCAGUAAACAUGGACCCUGCCCUCAUGUUCCGGACUCGGAAGAAGAAAUGGAGGAGUCUGGGGUCUCUCAGCCAGGGUAGUACAAAUGCAACAGUACUAGAUGUUGCUCAGACAGGUGGUCAUAAAAAGCGGGUACGUCGUAGUUCCUUUCUCAAUGCCAAAAAGCUUUAUGAAGAUGCUCAGAUGGCUCGAAAAGUGAAACAAUACCUGUCCAAUUUGGAGCUGGAAAUGGAUGAGGAGAGUCUUCAGACAUUAUCACUACAGUGUGAACCAGCCACCAACACAUUGCCCAAGAAUCCUGGUGACAAAAAGCCUGUCAAGUCCGAGACCUCCCCAGUGGCGCCCAGGGCAGGCUUGCAGCAGAAAGCCCAGCCGCCGCAGCCCGCGCAGAAGCUCAACCAAGCCCUGACGGUGCCCGCCGUGUCCCUGUACCCGUCACGGAAGAAAGUCCCCGUCAAGGAUCUCCCGCCUUUCGGUAUAAAUUCUCCGCAAGCUUUAAAGAAAAUUCUUUCCUUGUCUGAAGAAGGCAGUCUGGAGCGUCAUAAGAAACAAGCCGAGGAUACGAUAUCCAAUGCAUCCUCGCCUCCGACUUCUCCCCAAAGUUCUCCAAGGAAAGGUGGCAGUGGCAAUCAGCUGAGAUCUUUUGGCUCCGGGCAGUUGGACUUAACCAGUUCCUCCUCUUCUCUCGGAAGCUACACCUUGGCUCCCAGUGGUACCGUGGACAACUUCUCAGAUUCCGGUCACAGUGAAAUCUCCUCUCGCUCCAGCAUUGUCAGCAAUUCCUCCUUUGACUCCGUGCCGGUGUCGCUCCAUGACGAGAGGCGCCAGAGGCAUUCAGUCAGCAUUGUGGAAACAAACCUGGGCGUAGGGCGGAUGGAAAGGCGGACCAUGAUCGAGCCCGAUCAAUACAGCCUGGGUUCGUACGCACCAAUGUCUGAAAGUCGAGGCUUAUAUGCUACAGCUACGGUGAUUUCUUCUCCAAGCACAGAGGAACUUGCCCAAGACCAGGGGGACCGCGCCUCACUUGAUGCUGCCGAUAGUGGCCGUGGGAGCUGGACAUCAUGCUCCAGUGGUUCCCACGACAACAUACAGACCAUCCAGCACCAGAGAAGCUGGGAAACGCUUCCAUUUGGGCACACUCACUUUGAUUAUUCAGGGGAUCCUGCCGGCUUAUGGGCCUCAAGCAGCCAUAUGGACCAAAUGAUGUUUUCCGAUCACAGCACAAAGUACAACAGGCAAAGUCAAAGUCGAGAGAGUCUCGAACAAGCCCAAUCCCGGGCAAGCUGGGCAUCUUCCACAGGCUACUGGGGGGAAGAUUCAGAAGGUGACACCGGCACAAUAAAGCGAAGGGGUGGGAAAGACGUUUCCAUUGAAGCGGAAAGCAGUAGUAUAACUUCAGUCACCACCGAAGAAACCAAACCCGUUCCCAUGCCUGCCCACAUAGCCGUGACUCCGAGCACUGCGAAGGGCCUCAUGGCACGAAAGGAGGGCCGGUAUCGAGAACCCCCGCCCACCCCCCCGGGCUACAUCGGAAUCCCCAUUACCGACUUCCCAGAAGGGCAUGCCCAUCCUGCCAGGAAGCCUCCGGACUACAACGUGGCUCUUCAGCGCUCUCGGAUGGUUGCCCGACCCAGCGACCCCGCCGGGCCUUCGCCCGUGCAGCAGCCUCCUGGUCAGACCGCAAGUGGCAGCAGGCCAGUGAACAAGCCCCAGUGGCAUAAACCCAACGAGUGUGACCCGCGCCUCGCCCCCUACCAAUCUCAAGGGUUCUCUACUGAGGAGGAUGAAGAUGAGCAAGUAUCUGCUGUUUGAGGCACCGGCUUCUCUGGACGCGGAGUCAGCCACCGACAGGGAGAGCACAAGAAGACGGGUUCCUCGCAUGGGAGCCCCGGAACUCACAUUCUGAGGAUGGUGGACCAGUUUGCCUCCUUCCCUGCCUUAAAAGCAGCAUGGGGCUUCUUCUCCCCUUCUUCCUUUCCCCUUUGCAUGUGAAAUACUGUGAAGAAAUUGCCCUGGCACUUUUCAGACUUUGUUGCUUGAAAUGCACAGUGCAGCAGUCUUCAAGCUCCCACUGUUGCUGCCUGCCACGUCACACAGUAUCAUUCCAAAUUCCAAGAUCAUCACCGCGAGAUGAUUCACUCUGGCUGCACUUCUCAAAGCCUGGAAGGAUUUUUUUUUUUUCCUUUCUUAAUCUUCCUCUUAGAUUGCAAUCCAGUCCUAGCACUUGGUCUCAUUGGGAUAAUGAGAGAAGCUAGCCAUUGAACUACCUGGGGCCUUUAAUCCACCAAGGAAGACAAAAACAAUGAAAUCCUUCGAGUACAGUGCUUGUCCACUUGUUUACAAUGUCCUCUUUUUUUUUUUUUUUUUGCCUAAAGAAAAAAAAGAAAAGUUUAAAGAUUGUGUUGAGAGAGUAAAUAUUAUAUCCAUGUAAUGAUUACAGUAUUAUUUUCAACCUUUAAGUAGGGUUGCCAGCCUGGGUUUCUGACAAACCAAAUACGCCGGACAGAGUGUGGCCACACCGAGAAGAGGGGACGCCCUGGCCGUGCCCCUGUCCUUCUGGUCUCGCCCCUGAAGUGCCCUAUCCUGGAAUAGGAAACGUAUGUUCGCCAAUUACUUACCUACCAGGACACCUCAUCCGCUCCUUCCCCAGUGGGUGAGGCCUCCGCAGACUGUUUGCACAUGGCCAGGGGAGGGGAGUGGGACUCGCCGGUCCCAUGUCUGAGCCUUAUGGAGCACAGGGCAGCAUCACUAAGAGGCCAGGCCCUGCUCCAUUGAGACAGAUGGCAAACCGCAUCUUUUAAGUUAUAUUUGAUUUUUUUUUGUUUUUGUUUUUGUUUUAGGAAUUUUUUUUUUUUUUAAAGAGAAAUGUUUAUAACUGGAUAGCAUUGCAGUGAAAGCAGCUGGGGGGGUUGGAGCGAAUGCCGGCUGUGAUACUGCCCUUCCAAGACAGCCUCCCUUUCACAGAAUUGGCUUUCGGGGCUCAAGAAGCCUUUCACACAGUAAAAGAUCAAAAACCUGGUGAGCACGCCAGCCUCUGCAGUGGGGGUUAGUCGCCAGAGACUAACCCGCAAGUGGCUUUAGGGGCUCAGAAGACAGAGAAGGCCUAAGUGUAGCAACCACCUGCUCACAGCUGCUAUUAACCCGAGAAUGACUGAACCGAUCCCUCCGCUCUAUUUUUGUGUUGGUUUUGCACAGACUCCGGAAAAGUGAAGGCUGCCAAUCCGAGUAGUACUCAAAUGUGAGGAACUGCUGGUCUUGGAUUUUUUUUUCCAUUAAAUUCAGCUGAUCAUAUUGAUCAGUAGAUAAACGUAAAUAGCUUCAAAUUUUAAAAAAAAAGUCGAAUUGCAGUGUUUUUUCACUGUAUCAAACAAUGUCAGUGCUUUAUUUAAUAAUUCUCUUCUGUAUCAUGGCAUUUGUCUACUUAUAUAUUACAUUGUCAAUUAUGCAUUUGUAAUUUUACAUGUAAUAAGCAUUAUUUGCCAGUUUUAUUAUAUAGGCUAUGGGCCUCAUGUGCAUAUAGAAAGACAGAAAUCUAGCUCUAUCACAAGUUGCACAAAUGUUAUCUAAUCAUUAAGUAAUUAUAGAACAUAGGACUGCUAAUCUCAGUUCGCUCUGUGAUGUCAAGUGCAGAAUGUACAAUUAACUGGUGAUUUCCUCAUACUUUUGAUACUACUUGUACCUGUAUGUCUUUUAGAAAGACAUUGGUGGAGUCUGUAUCCCUUUUGUAUUUUUAAUACAAUAAUUGUACAUAUUGGUUAUAUUUUUGUUGAAAAUGGUAGAAAUGUACUAUGUUUAUGCUUCUACAUCCAGUUUGUAUAAGCUGGAAAAUAAAUAAAUAUAACAGACA